CGGUCCUGACAGGGAUAAAGACGUGCGGGCGACUCGCCCUAUUUAGCCCCGGGCUCCCGUUCUCCUGGGAAUAUCUGCAAACCCUGUUUUCACGGGCAAAGAACCAUCCUCGCCUCGGUCCAAGAUGGUUUCCCUCCGCUCCCUCGUUUCCCUGGUGGCCGUUCCGGCGGACAGGGAGAACGGCCGCUCGGCCUGGAUCAACGACGAUAUUCGUCCGCUGCCUCCAUGGCGCCGGACCUGGACGCAGUGGGCGUAUGUCUCCUUCUGGGCUAUCAACCAGAUCUGUCUCAGUAACUGGCAGCUGGGCUCGUCGCUGGUCUCCUCGGGGCUGUCCGUCUGGCAGACCGUCAUCGCCGUGGUCGUGGGCAAGUUCCUCAUUGCCGCCGUCGCGGUAUCCAAUGGCUAUGUCGGUGCGGAAUGGCACAUUGGGUUUCCGGUCUGGUCCAGGGCUGUCUGGGGGAUGUACGGGUCCUACGUCGCGCUGCUGCAGCGGAUCUUGCUCUCGCUGGUCUGGAUGGCCGUCCAAAGCUGGACCGGCGGGCUAUGCGUCACGGCAGUCCUCUCCUCGAUCUUCUCGGGCUUUCAGCAUCUCGAGAACGUCUUCCCCGCGUCGGCACAUAUGACUACCAAGCAGUUCGUUGGCUGGAUCAUCUACAACGUCCUCACCGUUCCCAUGCUGUACCUGCCGCCGGAGAAGACCCGCACCCUGUUCGCCGUGAUGAACGCCGUCUCCUUCUUCACGCUCGUUUCCAUCAUGAUCUGGGCCCUCGCCAUCGCCAAGGGGGGCGGCCCUCUGCUCCACCAACCCUCGAGGCUUUCGUCCGCCGAACUCGCCUGGCAGAUCGUCAAGGGCAUCACCUCCACCAUCGGCAGCAUCGCCGUCGGGCUGACGAACCAGCCGGACUAUUCCCGGUUUGCACGGAGGCCGGGCGACCAGGUCUUCGGGCAGUGGUUUUCCAUCGUCGUGUUCGGGGCGUUCAUGCCGUUCUUCGGCUGUCUUGCCUCCUCCGCCACCAUGGCCAUCUACGGGGAAGCGAUCUGGAACCCCCCGGACAUCGUCCUGAAGUGGCUCGACACGGACUACAACGCCACGGCGCGUGCGGGCGCCUUCUUCGCCGGCGCCGGGCUGGUCGCGUGCCAGCUGGCCGUGAACACGGUGGACAACGCCUUCUCCGGCGGCAUGGACACGGCGGCCCUGCUGCCCCGGUUCAUCAACAUCCGCCGCGGGUCGUACGUGGUCCUGAUCAUCUCCAUCGCCAUGUGUCCGUGGGAGCUCCUCGCGAGCGCCGCCACCUUCAUCAACGUCCUGUCCGCGUACUCGGUCUUCCUGGGGCCCAUGUGCGGCAUCAUGGUCGCCGAGUACUGGGUGAUCCGCCGCCGGAAGGUGAAGCUGACACACCUCUACCGGCCGUCUCCGGAGAGCAUCUACUACUUCUGGAAGGGGGUCAACUGGCGCACGUUCCUGGCCUGGAUCGUGGGUUUCACGCCGCAACUACCGGGCUUCGUCAACGCCGUCAACCCCGGCAUCGUCGUCCCGGUGGGCUGCACACGACUCUACUACCUUGCCUUUCCCGCGGGCUUUGCCAUGAGCUUCCUGUUACAGGUGCUGAUCAACCACCUGUGCCCGCCUCGCGGGCUGGGGGAGAUCGACGAGGUUGAUAGCUACGGGACCUUCACGGACGACGAAGCCAUCCGGCUCGGCGUCGUGCCGAGCGGCCACGAUGUGGAGGGAUUUGAAGUUGCGCAGCUGCCGAAGGGCGUUGAGAAGGAGCAUCUUGGCUGUUGAUUGUUUUCGGUUUUCGGUUUUCGGUUUUCUGUGAACUUGAGCCCUAUGCAUACAGCGUACGUAGAACCUAGUGUCUUUAAUGCGAGAACUCC